GAAUAUGAAAGCGUUGACUUGGAUUUAGUAUUCGAUCUGAUUUUGAAAGUUAGUAACGGCGAGGAAGAUGCAGACGACGAUGAUGAAAAUGAAGAUCUGAGUGACAAUGAAGAUUAUGACACAAACUCCAGUACCAUCGCUACCGAAGCUGGAAAGCAUUCUAGGUCGACGGACGUUGACAACAAAUAUAUUCCUCCUCACCUCCGCGCAAAGGCAGCGGAAUAUAACAAUGAACGCAGGGAACAACUGUCAAGAUUACAAAAGCAUAUAUUAGGUUUACUUAAUCGACUGAGCGAACAAAAUAUUGAAGUAAUCUUGUCGUCUAUAGAAGAAUUAUAUUGGAAGUUUCCCCGCCAUGAUGUGACCGCCACUUUGUCAACGUUGAUUUUGAACACCAUAUCACAAAAGUCUGGCCUGAUAGAUCAGUUUGUGGUUACAUAUGCAGCGUUGGUAGCUGGAUUAUACAAGAUCAUUGGAGUUGAUUUUUGCGCACAUGUAGUCCAAGAAUUAAUCUCAGACUUUACCAGAUAUUACGAUAAUUCAUCCUCUGCUAUGCUAGAUGACGAUUCAACUUCUACAAAGGAACCGAUAAAUUUAAUAACGCUUACCGUAGAACUCUAUAAUUUUCAAGUCGUUUCAUGUGUCUUAAUGUAUGACUUGAUAAGAUCGUUUUGCAAAGAGAUGAAUGAACUGAACGUUGAACUUUUGUUGAAAGUUCUGAGAAACUCUGGAUCACAACUUAGACAAGACGAUCCAAGUGCACUGAAGGAGAUUAUCCAAUUGAUUCAGACCGCUAUGACCAAAACUGAUCCUCAAAGGAUAACAUCUCGCGCAAGAUUCAUGCUGGAAACGAUUGUAAAUCUCAAGAAUAAUAAAAUAAAGCAAAAUCAUUCGGGCAACGUAGAAAUCGUGAUUAGACUGAAAAAGUUUCUGGGGAAUAUGAAUAAGAGAUGGCAAGUACUAGCUACCGAGCCAUUGAGAGUGUCACUGGAGGAUAUACGCAACGUUGAAACUAAAGGCAAAUGGUGGCUAGUGGGCGCCUCCUGGACAACAUCCGAUAAAAAUCCAUCUACAACGUCCUCUAUGGAUUCAACCAUCCAUUCCGCUAGUGAGUCAUUACUGGCGCUCGCAAGAAAACAAAAAAUGAACACUGACGUCAGGAGGAGCAUUUUUGUCGUGCUGUUGAGUAGCGAAGAUUAUGUUGAUGCGUUUGAGAGAUUGAUGAAACUGAAUUUAAAAGACGUUCAAGAAAGAGAAAUUCCUAGGGUUGUUUUACAUUGUUGCGGCAAUUGUGGAGAGACCGAUGUUGGAGGAAUGGAGUUGUUAAAGAAGAGCAAAGGAGGCGGAGAACAAGCAAAAGUGGAUGUGAGGAGAGUGGUCAAUGUUGCAAAGUUAUAUGCUUGGUUGAUCAUCAAAAAAGGAAUAUCAAUGAGGGUUUUGAAGACGGUAACCUUUACACGCCUUCAACCGCAAACAGUUCUGUUCUUCCAACUCUUUUUCACAGACAUUUUUCUUCUAUCUCAAUCUUUGACAUACAAUCAUUCUUCUCGCGAUCCUACCUUGAUCGUCGAAGCGUUUACAGACGUCCUAAAUAAUCCCAUCCUAGUUCAGGGAAUUAAAUUCUUUUUGCAACAGUUUGUGAAAGAUGGAGAGAUUUUGGACAAGGAAGAUGAAAAAGAAGUAGUCAGAUUUGGAUGUGAAGUGACUAAAGAGUUGCUUUCGUGUGGGCUUGGUGAUUGA